CUCGAGUAUACAAAGUGACGCACUAAUUGCUUUUCUUGGUAAUUCCGGAGUAAUUCCGUAAUUCCGUUACUAUUGUAAAUUAUUCGUCAUAUGUGAAAUAUUCGCUUGUUGACGCACCCUGAGUGCUCCUCCGUGCUGGCAGGUGUUGAAUUGUCAGACGCUCCCUGGAAAGGUGGGAGUUUCUUGUGUUUCUUGGCUGUGGAAGACAAAACCACACACGGCAGUAUCGCAUCCAUUCAAUGACGCCAGCCCACCAGCGAGCUUUUUGAGGUAUGGUCCAGUGCUGAUGGCUGACACUGCACUGUUCAUGUCCAGAGCGCCCCCUGUGGAAGGAAGGCCAUUUGGUCUGAACGUACAGGGCCUCCUUGGCUCACAUGGGGAUGACAACAGCACGGCUGAGAGAUGCUACCGCUCACACUCUCGCAGCAGUGUACUACAGGGUCUGCCAUUUGGGGGGGUGCCCACUGUCUUGGCUAUCAAUGUGGUCAUGUGGAUGUUCCUUUUGCUCAUCUUUUCCUGUCUGAGGAAGGCAGCUUGGGACUAUGGUCGUCUGGCUCUGUUGAUGGAGAAUGACAGCCUUACGUCUCUGUUCUACGGAGAACCAAGUGAGAAGGAGAAGUCUCCUUCGGAGUCCAGCCCUUCUGACUCAGAGACAAAGGACAUGGGUUUUUGCUCAUGGCUGAAAUGUCUUUACCAUAUGAAGGACGAGGAGAUCCGCAGCAAGUGCGGCAUUGACUCCGUCACGUACCUGUCCUUCCAGCGCCAUAUCAUCCUGCUGAUGACCGUGGUGUGCCUGCUCUCACUGGCUGUCAUCCUGCCAAUCAACUUUUCCGGGAAUCUCUUGGGAGACAGUCCUGAGAACUUCGGUAUAACAACACUGGCUAAUGUUAGCGCACAGGACAGCUUCCUGUGGCUGCACGCCAUAUUUGCGUUAGUCUACUUCCUCAUCACAUUCCUAUGUAUGGCUCACCACUCGAUACAGCUGCAGUACCGAGAAGAUGAGAAGGUUGCAAGAACACUGAUGAUCACAUGCAUACCCAGAGAUAUCGCUGACCCGGGACUGAUUACAAAACACUUACAUGAGGCCUAUCCCAGCUGCACCGUGACUGACAUCCGCUUCUGCUUCGAUGUCAACAAGCUGAUGAGGCUGGACUUUGAAAGGCGCAAGGCCAUGAAAGGCAGGCUGUAUUUUGCCACAAAAUCCCAAAAGGAGGGAAAGAUUAUGAUCAAGACUCACCCUUGUGCGCAGAUAUUCUGCUGUGACAUGUGUGGAUUUGAAAAGGUGGAUGCAGAACAAUACUACAGCGAGUUAGAGGAGAAGUGGACAGAUGAGUUCAAUGCUGAGAAGAACCGUAUCUCCAUGAAGAGGCUGGGCAUCGCCUUUGUGACGUUCCGGGAUGAAAGGAUGACUGCUGUAAUUGUGAAGGACUACAGUCGAGUGCGCUGUCGUCGAAGACCGCAGCAGUCCAGCAUCACCACUGUGGUCCAGUCUCACCAGUGGGGCAUCAGCUACGCACCUGCUCCCAGUGAUAUCAUCUGGGAAAACCUGUCAGUCUGUGGAUCUCGCUGGUGGCUCCGCUGCGUCCUCCUUAACAUCCUCCUCUUUCUGCUGCUCUUCUUCCUCACCACUCCUGCCAUAAUCGUCAACACCAUGGAUAAGUUCAACGUCACCAGGCCUGUGGAGAGUCUGCAGAGUCCUAUCAUCACUCAGUUCUUCCCAACCCUCCUGCUGUGGGUGUUUUCAGUACUGCUGCCCUUUAUUGUCUACUACUCAGCCUUCUUCGAGUCCCACUGGACCAGAUCCGGUGAGAACCAGGUCACAAUGCACAAGUGCUUUUUGCUUCUGGUUUUUAUGGUCCUCAUCCUGCCCUCACUUGGUCUGUCCAGUUUAGACCUGUUCUUCACUUGGCUUUUUGAUGUCAACUUUCUGGACGAAAAGGACGUCAAAUUCCAGUGUGUGUUUCUCCCUGACAACGGUGCAUUUUUUGUGAACUACGUGAUCACAUCUGGGCUGAUUGGCACCGCCAUGGAGCUACUUCGUAUCCCCGCACUGGCGGUGUACGGCCUUCGACUCUGCUUUGCAAAGUCCCAAGCUGAGCGCAUUCAUGUCAAGCGGAGUCAGACCUACGAGUUCCAGUUUGGCCUGGAGUACGCCUGGACCAUGUGUAUCUUUGCUGUCAGUGUGACCUACAGCAUCACAUGCCCCAUUAUUACACCCUUUGGUCUGCUGUAUGUAAUCCUGAAGCACAUGGUGGACCGAUACAACAUCUACUAUGCAUACAUUCCCACCAAGCUCAACCAGCGCAUCCACAGAGCCGCCAUCCAUCAGGUCAUCUUGGCUCCCAUCCUCUGCAUCUUCUGGCUGCUCUUUUUCUCCGUACUCAGAUUAGGUGCAGUACAUCCCAUUACCCUGUUUAUUUUGGUGUCCCUCAUCUCCUCUAUUGCCAUUUCCCUUUUCCGCUUGUGCCUUAAGAAGCAACCAGACAAGUCAACAAGCUAUCAGAUGUCCAGUCAGCCAACAGAGCGAACAUUCACUGAUCCAGACAGGAGUACAGUUACUUCAACCACAGCUUCCAGUCUGUUUGUGGCAUCCGUCCUGCUGGAGCCAGAGCUCGCGCUGACCCCCAUGCCUUCCCCGGCCCACCACAGCUAUGGCGCCAUGGCCAGCUCCCAGAGUUCAAGCCACGGCCCUGCAGAAGAAGACAAUGAGGAGGGAGAGGAAGACCGCAUUCAGACCCAUGAGACUCAGCUCCAAGACCCCCCUGACACUAACUGCUCCAUCCCACUCAUGGACAGCCCAGUGGGCCACCAGUAACACCCACCACUGCAAUGCCACUGCAACUGUCGUGCUGCAAUGCCAUGCUGCUUUUCUUCACUUGACUUAAGACUCCAACGUAGCUGCCUCAGCUCGAUAGUGGAGACUCAGCUAUUUCAAAUGAAGCUGGAUGUGAUGAGGAUACAGGAGCAGGAUCCAUGCCAUCACAUCCAGAUGAUCCAACCAACUCUAUCCUUCUCUGCGGCUUUUCUCUUCAAGUGGUUCAAAGUGAUGGAAGGGAACCUGUCUAUAGGAUUGCUGUACAUAUCAUGGGUGCAUGAGUGGAGGUGAAAGAACCCACGAGAGUGGGUGGUGUGAGCAGGCUUGCCCCGCCAGGCUGACAGAGCUGUCCGGGCUCGGGUGAUAUCUUCUUGGUGGUGGCCAGAGCUCAGCAAGGCAGAGGGGGAGGGCAGCGAGUUGCGAAGCCAUCUGCAGUGAGAGAGCUGACAGACGGAGGGUGCAAUGUAACGCAGAGCUGUACUGUAAGAUAUGGACACCCUCUGCUCAGGCACAAGCGGCGCCUCUCUACCUGAAGCUUGUCUGACUUACUCAGCAUUUAUUUUGGCAAGUGUACCGUGUGUGUGCUGUUGGUGACAUUAUGCCUUCGCCUUUGAGUUGCAGUUCUUAGUGGGGAUGCUCCGAUCAGGGUUUUAUGCUGUCGAUUCUGAUACCGAUCAUCCAUGAGUGAGAUUGACGGAUACCGAUCACAUGGAUUAACUGUACAUUUUUCAAUUUAUGAUAAGUGCUAUUGGCCAGGGCCGCCGUUUCCAAUGCCAAGGGCCCCUGCCAAAUAGAUAACGAUUAAAAAAACAGCUUUUGGGUGGAUGGUUUUUGGGGUUUUUUUGCCUUUAUUUUUGUGAAACGAUUUUUGUACUAUUUGACACAAACCUGAAUUUAAUUUGAUGAAUGUUUUGCAGUAAUACAAAUACAUUGGAAAUAAAUUGUUAAAUUAAUUUUUAAUUCAAGAUAACAAAAUUAACAGAAUAAAAUAAUCCAAAUAAAUAUCUUUAUUACAGUAAAUAGAAAUCCGUCCUGCUUAACUUACAAGAGAAUACAUUCAGUAGACAGGUUGCAGGGGUCUCCCACUUUCAUCACUAUUUGAGCUGUCAACUAUUUGUGUUUUAUUUAUGACUGGCAACAUUUAAAUUGUACACUACUUUAUUUACCAAGCAGAACUCCACUCAGUGUGGCCAUUGUCUUUAGGUUAUUUUGUAGUCAUUUGUCAUUAUAUAAAAGCAUAAAGUCUGAUUUGAACAGUUAUAGUUAGAAAACUACUAAGAGUUGAAGCAAAUAUUCUUUGACCCUUUGUGAGCUAUUCCAGAUCACCUGGCGAGCGAGGAGACCCCUCCCAUAGUAUCACCAACAUAAGGCUGGUCACACUACGUCUUUAGGUUAAUUAAACAACCACACAAGUAGUGUUUUGAGGACAAGACAUUAGGAUGACAACAAGAAACCAAAAGUGUUCAGUCAAAAGUAGGGAUGCUCCGAUAACCGAUAACGACCAUCCAUGACUGAAAUCGACCGAUACCAAUACCGAUCACAGAGAUAAAGUGUAAAUGUUGUAAUUUACUAUUGGCUAUAUCAGGGGUCACCAACGAUCAACGACUUUUCUUAUGAGUGCUACUUUUGAGAAAAUGAAAAUGGCCAAGAGCUACUCAUUUUUGUAACUUUCAUAGCUUAUUUCAACCCACACGGCAGUCAUUUUUAGUGGUCAGCUUUGGAAGUCAUUCAUCAGCAUAUGCUGAUUGUUUUUUACUGAAAUCGGUAUCCGAGCGAUCGGCGCAUCCCUAGUUCUUAGCCAUUACAAUUCUUGAUUAUCUUAUUUGAAUAUGUAUUUAACUGAACUAUACUUUAAGCUCAUAUCAUUUGUGUGUGCUCAAGAAGUACAUCUUUCAACAUCCUUCCUCCUAAGUGUACAUAUUCUGGUAUUUAUGUCAAAUGCUGAACCAGACGCCACCCUGUGUCGCUACUAAAGCCAUUGUGGUGUGCAGACUACAGGUCUGUUUUGUGUGUGUUCCUAACACUACUUUACACAACAUGCCUGCUUCUUAAAUGUUGGCCACCUUAUAAUAUUCGCUGUGUCCCAAGUCAGGAGAUGCAUCCUUUGGACGUUGCCCUACAAAUGCACACCAAUGCUAAGUCUGGAAAUAAUCUACAGUAUAUAGUAUGUCACCAAAGUGAGUACACUCGUUAUAUCUCAGCAACCAUGUUAUUACAGUGGAUCCCCACCUAUUUGUGGUUCAUCAUUUGCAACCCCGCAAAUUUGCAGAUUUUUGGUAUAAAAUUUUUAAAAAAAAAUUUUUUGUGUGUGUGAAAAUAGCCUGUUUUUUUCCACGAAAGACAGACCUCAUGCACCUGAAUUAAGUAAUCAUUUAUAAAUAGGUGAUAAUGCAGGUAAAAUGUACAUCGUACAUGUACCAGCCCACAUUUUUUACAUGUUUAUGCCAGUCCUGGAACACACCAGAGUUGUGUGCUGCUAAACAAAAGUAAAAUGUACAUAAAACUUUCUCUGCCGCGGCCACAGCUUAAUAAAUCCAUCUGUUCAUCACACAUCUUAUAUUAUCAUUUGUUAGUGGUAAGUAUCUAUACAGUUUAUACUUCUAUACUACGUAAUAAGCGUGUGAGACAUAUUUACUAUGUUACUACAUAUCUUCUCUAGGGGCAUCCAUCCAUCCACUUUCUAUGCGGCUUGUCCUCACUAGGGUCGCGGGGGUGUGCUGGAGGGGUACACGCUGGACUGGUCACCAGCCAAUCACACACGUAUAGGCAACCAAAUCAUUGACACAUUCAUACCUAUGGACAAUUUAGAGUCGCCAAUUAACUUAACGUGCAUGUUUUUGAAUGUGGGAGGAAACCAGAGUAUCUGGCAACAGUGCGGCCUCUCUAGGGGCAAUGCUAUAGAAAUUCAUCUUGGCUAUACUUUAGAGUACUCUGUGUACAGCAAAGGCGUUGAUGGCUGUGUUGAGUCAUUUUCAGAGGACAGCGAAUCUAUGCUGCUUUCCUAGCUGUACACUGACUACUCUGAAAUAUAUGUAGUGUCUAUCGUAUUGUCUCUUGAGAAAAUAUACUGUAAUAAAAAUGGUUGCUGAAAUGUGAGGUACUGUAAACAUGGCAGAACGAAUGCAAUGUAAGAAUUGGGUUCAUUGGGAGAUGCGUCUCUUCCGUAGACCACAUAGGCUAAGUCCUCUGAAAGGUGCAGCCCCUGAGUUAGGACACAGUUACUUAAUGUCUGCCCAUUUCACGUUGCCCUUUUUACAGGGUCGCUCUAUGUAGGCGACGACGUCAAUCUAAUAAUAUUCUGGCUUUAAAGGUAGUAUCGGAGCCGUAGCAGUCGGGACGCUGCCUGUAUGAAAGGGUAUUUUGCUAUGACAGGACUGGAGUGUGAACACCCGUGACUCACUUCUCACCCCCCUGUUAUGUUGUGUAUCAUGGUGUCCGAACACUAUUGUAUGGUAGAUCCCCGCUUUCCACGGGGUUACAUUUCAGGGCCACCAGCGAAUGGCGAAAAAAUGUGAAUAGUUAAUACGCCCAUAAAUACACCCAUACGCCUAUUUUGGACACACGGUGACUCGCACACACGAUUUGUAAAACAUCAUCAGUGCAGCUUAAAGACAUAAACAAGGAAAAAUAGUAGCCUUCUUUAACAUUCUGUAUGGCAGUUCCAACAAUAUUCAUUCAAUAUUCAUAUUCAUUGUUUUGGCCCUCCGCAUAUUCUAAGAGUAAAAUGAAUUAAUUAUUAAUGAUAUAUAUUAUUAGAUAGUAUGGCACUAAUUUGUUUUGACACCUGUAACACAAAGCUAAGAUGUUUUGUGCAGAUAGCUUACCAUAUGUUGACCUACAUUGGAUUGGUUUUGGCUUCGUUAAUGUACGAGAUGCAUCAAAGUGCCACCCAAGGAGAUUGUAUAAUCACUCAAAAAAGUUUAAAAACCUUUGUUUGAAUUUUAAUGAUCAACACAAGAAAUUAAGUCACUCACGCAUAUUUCACUCCUGUGACCGUGCCCUUUUGGCCCGGCGCCGUUCCGCUGUACUGUAGCGUUUUUGUAUCCUUGUUAAAACAUAUUGCUGCAGACGAACCGAAGCUUCAUUUACAAGCUAGCAAGCAAGCUAUCAAUGACACAGGAGACAUGGCAGGAAAAGGAGAUUGAUUGACAAUGGUCUGCAGCCAAACAGGACGCAGAAAACAAUGGGCGGUGCAGACAGACGAGCAAGGGAAGAGAGAGAGAGAGACACUCAACUUCCCACAAUGCAAUUCUUCGUAAAGGGCCAGGCUCGGGCAGGGGCAGGCUUUAAACAAAAAAUCAGUGAAAGGUGAACGUCGAUAGAGCGAGAGAACACUGUAAAUGUAAACUGACUGCAGUAUGUCUGUGUGCAUCUCGCUGUGCCUUGACAACCACUCCCUUCCGUGUGACAGUCCAGCAUGGCCUGAAAUAUGCUGCAUGAACUGAAAACUAAGGAGCGGGGAAACCUAACAAUACAACAACAUAAACACUAAAAAAAACACAAGCGUCGAGAACUUUCAUUUUCACCGUCGGGGGAGGCUUUAUAGUUCUUUUAGGCAGAAAACUAAGUCUUUGUGAGCUCAGUUAAAAAACAUGCAGUUGGUCUGGAUCUAAAAGAAACUUUCAUUGGAUGGACAUUUGGCUGUUUCCAAGGCCAAAAAACCCCAAGAUGACAUAACUUGUCUAUAGGGCCCAGUUGUUACUUUUAAAAUGCUUUAGUCCUAUUCUUUUAGAGGGUUGUACUUUAAAUUUACAAUGUAUGUCAUAAAGUCAAACGUCUUGGUAAAACAUACUGGAUCAACAUUACAAAGUGUCACAUCAUUUCAACUGUUUUUUUCACGGAUAUUAAAAGUCCAGAAUAGAACUAUUGUGUGUUCUUUUU